AUGAGACGGCCUAGUGCAGAUGGCUCAGCCCAUCGGAGUCAUUCGGCCCGUACCACCGGCACCUUUGAACCGGCCGGCCUCGCUGCUGACCCAAUACAGCCAACAAGGAGGCAAGCACAUGAAGCCUUUUUCGGACGGUUCGAUCAGUUGAAACGGCCAUGUUCACCUGUGGCCGGGCAUGAACACGAGAAACAGGCCUACCGGUUGGUGGGAGUAGAACCAACUACUCGUCGACACAAAGUCAACUCAUCUUCACGACCAUACAGCUGGCCAUGCGCGGUUGCCGAUUGGUCUGUUGCCUCGGUUACUUUGUCGCCAAAACGCGGCGAGACAACGAGGAGACAUUGUGCACAUAUCGAGGAGGAUGUACAAUCCCUACGUGUGUAUACGUAUUGCCACCAUCGAAAGCGUCAUGUCAACAUCAUGUUUUGUGAGAUGUGCCCAACUUGUGUCCCCCAGACCCGAGGAACGGGGCCACAUCGCAUCGCAUCGCAUCGCUCAUCUCACCGCCUGCAUGCCAGGCCCAUUCUGGCCGGAGGUGGUUCACAUUUUCGGACGGUCCGGUCGUCUACAGGCGACAGGAGAUGGGCAAUUGUCGACGGGCGACAGUUGACUGACGAGGUGGAGGAAGAGGAGGGCAAAGGCACCGGGCAGACUACAGCACCAAUCGGCGUACAGAGUCUGUCUGUACACAGCUCUCAAGCCUGCGUCGAAGUGGACGGCACUGCGUCGCCUGGUCGGACUGAAGGUUUCGAGGGCUGGGCUCGAGAAAGGUUGAGGUUGUCGGGGAGACGAUACGGGACGGGACUCGAAGGUGAGUUUAUGUUCUCUUCUUCUGUUGAGGAGCGCCUUCUCGUCAUGACGAUGCUACGUCCGGAAAGCUAA